AUGCCACGGAUCUCGUCCUCGUAUCAACUUCUCAUAUUUCUGUGCCAAGAAAAGAGAGAGUAUCAGAAGGUUCGUGUGAGACAUACGGUUGUGAAGCCAAUAGAGGAUAGAAAUCUGAAAUGGAAAGAUAAUAAAGUGUUUACUGAUCUCGAUAACAUGAUUCAAGACAUCCUCAAUGAUCAGCUUGAUAAAAGGUUUUGGGAAGUAAUGGCUAAUUCCACGUCCAACAAGAGAAAAGUUCACAUCAGCCCACCCUUGGUUCAAGAUACCAAUGAUGUUGAAGCUCACAACAUGGAUAUACUUGGAUUGGCCGAGUCGGUUCAGAAUCUGACUGGAAAAUUAGAUGGAAUAAAUGCUUGUGUAGCUGAGAAGGUAAUUGCGAAACUGGACGCAGCCAUACAAGCUAAGGUUGAUCCUAGGAUUGGUUUAUAUGAGAGUGAGUCAAACAAGAAGAUUUCCAUGUUGGAGGAAGAAAUAAAGAAUCUUAAACAGAAGCAUGGAGUAUUCAUUCCUACCGAGGUGGCUAACUCCAAUGGUGGCAACUCCAUUGCCCAAUAA